CCCCAUACACACAUCUCCAUCCUCCUGUUAAUAAUAAUCAUCGACAACACCUUUCUCCAUCGCCCAAGAAUCCAUCCUGUCUCGAGAUGUCAGCUACAUCUCUUCUCAACCCCAAGGCGGAGUCUGUUCGCAGAGGAGAAGCUUUGAGAGUCAAUAUCGCUGCCGGCGAAGGCCUACAGGAUGUCCUCAAAUCCAACCUCGGUCCCUCCGGAACGUUAAAGAUGCUGGUAGAUGGCUCCGGUCAAAUUACCUUGACCAAGGAUGGCCAGAAGCUAUUGCGAGAGAUGACGAUCCAGAACCCCACAGCUGUGAUGAUUGCUAGAGCAGCAACUGCUCUGGACGACAUUGCCGGAGAUGGUACAACAAGCGUGGUUCUGUUAGUCGGAGAGCUUCUGAAGCAAGCAAAGCGAUAUAUCGAGGAAGGGCUUCAUCCCCGAGUUAUCACAGAAGGUUACGAAAUAGCCAAGGUGGAAGCUCUGAAGUUUCUCGAUGAUUUCAAAAUUGAGAAAGAGCCCGAUCGUGAACUGCUCCUCUGCGUUGCCCGCACCUCGCUCUCCACCAAGCUCGACAAGACUCUCGCCGAAGCCCUGACACCCUCGAUUGUCGAUGCCGUUCUCGCCAUCUACAAUGCUCCCGCUAAACCCGACCUACACAUGAUCGAGAUUAUGAAGAUGCAGCACCGGACCGCUUCGGAGACGCUGUUGAUCCGCGGCCUUGCCCUCGACCACGGCGCCCGCCACCCCGACAUGCCCAGGAGAGUCGACAACGCUUUCAUCCUUACCCUCAACGUUUCCCUCGAGUACGAGAAGACUGAAGUCAACUCUGGGUUCUUCUACUCUUCAGCCGAGCAGAGAGAGAAGCUUGUUGAGAGCGAGAGGAGAUUCGUGGAUGAAAAGCUGAGGAAGAUCGUGGAGCUGAAGAAGCAGGUGUGCGGAGACGACCCUAGCAAAGGCUUCGUUAUCAUCAACCAGAAGGGUAUCGACCCGCUGAGCUUGGACGUGCUGAGCAAGAACGGCAUCCUUGCUCUGCGACGGGCGAAGAGGAGAAACAUGGAGCGGCUGCAAUUGAUCUGUGGUGGUGUCUCCCAGAACUCUGUCGAGGACUUAACACCCGAAGUCUUGGGUUGGGCUGGAAAGGUUUACGAACACACCCUCGGAGAGGAGAAGUACACCUUCAUUGAGGACGUCAAAGAGGCCAAGUCUGUCACUAUCAUGAUCAAGGGCCCCAACACACACACCAUCAACCAGAUCCAGGAUGCCGUCCGUGACGGUCUCCGAAGUGUUUACAACAUGAUUGUCGACGGCUCGGUAGUUCCCGGAGCCGGUGCAUUCCAGGUCGCCUGCCACGCACACCUCAUCAGCGAGAACGUGCGCAAGCAGAUCAAGGGAAAGCCAAGAAUGGCUGUUCAGGCAUUCGCCGACGCCCUCCUCGUCAUCCCCAAGACUCUGGCGGCGAACGGUGGUUUCGACAUCCAGGACUCCCUGACUGCCCUCCAGGACGAGCAGGCCGAAGGAAACGUUGUUGGAAUCGACCUGACCACCGGAGAGCCCAUGGACCCUGUUGCUGCUGGUGUCUACGACUCCUUCAGGGUGCUCAGGAACUCGAUUGCCAGUGCGGCCGGUAUUGCCAGCAAUUUAUUGCUCUGCGACGAGCUGUUGAAGGCAAGGCAGAUGAGUGCCAAGGCUCCAGGUGUAGUCGAUGAGUAGAUAUGCGUGGUUCUGUCUAGUCAUAAUGCGAUACGGGAUUCUGCAAUCCAGUCGAACAGGCAGUGCUUUUGCCACAAUUGUGCUCAUGUCCUGCUCAUAAU